AUGAAUACAAAUAAUUCGCCAAAGUUUUUGUGUCGUAAAAAUGAAGAUACUCUUCAGCCAAUUAAUACACAAUUUUCAGGGAUUUUCAACAAAGCUUUAUUUACUCAAGAAAAUUUAAAUAUUCUCAACAGCAACAAAAACAACACACAUAAAAUUCUUUCAAGUCCUCAACUCUCAGAAAGCUCAAAUUCAACUGUUGAAACGAUUGAUUAUGAAUUUCUUACACCUAAAACAAAAGCUGUUCGACAAAUUCCAUCAUCACCGAACAAGGAACUUAAUCUGACAGAAUAUUUCGGGAAAUUUAUGGAAAAACCGAAAUUUCUUAAUUUAGAUAGUAGGAACAUGGAGAUAUUGAAGAAAGUAUCAAAUAAUGUUCCAGCAGAUGGGAAUCUUACUUUCAAAACAAACGCUUCAAAUGAUCUAACAAAUGUGAUUUACUUCAACAUACCUCAAUCAAAGUUAAUAAACCAUAACAUCAUGUCACCUGCUUCUCUUGGUUUGAAGAAAAGACUGCCGGCCACAAGUACAUCACAACCAGUACAAACAAAACCCGCAAUUACUGCUCCUGCUAAAAGAAAAGUUGGAAGGCCUCGAAAUGAAAGUAAAAAGUCUGUUGAGAAGGAAGUUGACCCGUUUGAAGAAGACGAAUUAAUAAGUCAUCGAACCAAAUCUGGAAGAAUUGUGAAAUUCAAUCCUGACGUUGCCAAAAUAUUUCAAUUAGAUUCUGAUGCUGAACCAGUAAUGGAUGCGCCAACUCCAAAAGUGACUGCUAGCACGCCAGUUCCAGAACUCAUCCCUCAACAGCAACAAUCAAGACAACAGCCGGAAUUAUUAUCAGGACUCGUGGAACCAGCAAAAAAACCACGAAAAAUUUCAUCAGAAUUCCGUUGUACAACUUGCAAGAAAAUUUAUCUCGGGAAGAAUAAAAUGAAUCAUCAUUUUAAGUUGUUUCCAGAUCAUAGACCGAAGAAGUCAGACGAUGAAAGUAUUUUAUUCACACAUUUAAUGUCAAUGGUACGUCAAAAGAAGAAAAACAAGGAUAUGGCAGACGUUUUCUUCAAAGAACUUUCAAACUUUGUUCAAGUUUGUGAGAAGUUGACACCGAAACUGAUAACAAAUAAAGACAAUCAUCCGAAUACUCAUCAUCAUGUUAUUGAUAAGAAUGCUGCGAGUCUUUUAAGAAUCAAUCCUGGAAAUUAUCGUUUAAAUAUGAAUGUGUUUGAUAAAACAUUCAAGUUGGACAAUCCAAUAGAACCAAUCGAUAAUGAAGAGCAAGAAAACGAGGCUGUCAAUAACAGUUCAGAAACCAACGAAGAUCAUCACGAACUCGAACCUGAAGUGGUUGGUCAUGAAGUCAUUAAAGCUCUCGACGAUGUUCCGAGUCUUGAUGGUAAUGAAGUGAAUUUAUUAAUAAGACAGACAAACGAGCUGACAAAUCUCACGAACAUCAGUGACAUUGUUGGAGAAACUGAAAAAAUUGAACAACAUAUAAACAUGGAUGGUGAUAAUGCACUUUUAGGAUUUCUGACCUGAACCAUUUAACUUUAAAAACACACGAAAAAGUGUUGUAAAUUUUCAUUAUCAUCAAACAGUUCAAAACGAUACAUGACACAAAAUCAAUUUCCUAAAUGGACGCGAUUUCAAUCAAUUUAUUUGAAUUGCUUUUUCGCGAUACAUUUUCCACAGUUCGAUGAGAAUUUAUAGCAAUUUCAUGUAAUCAAUAAAUUUAUUAUGUCACGCAAUGCACUUCAAUUUAUAUAAAUAAAGCUUUACUUGCGGCUAGAAAAGAAUUAAUGAAAUUAAUGAACUUUUCUCGU